AUUUGCAGAUCAAAUAUAAUUAACCAAGCCGACAGAGGAGACACAGGAAGGGUAGAAGAACAGGACUGAUGAGUCAACGAUGAGCACGAUCGACCCGCCCAAGAGGAGAUUACAGGACGAUGAGAAUCUCGUGAACGGACAACCAACAACCAACGAGAUUCACGGACAGAAUGAAAUAGCUCUCUCGGCUGCACAGGAUGGUGAUUUAACGAAUUCACCAUCAGCACAACUCUCAGUGCAACCUGCACCAAUGGAACUGGACCCUGCAUAUGUUCGCAAACGUGAGCAUGCCUUGCGCACCACAGGAGAGAUACUGCAUCAGCGAUGUGUCAAAAAGAUGGAGCGUUUGCAGCAGCUGAAGCAGAAAUAUGCACAAAGGAAUCCUCGACCUUUCAUUGAUGCCGAAUUAAUGCAGGACAAGUCAUUGGCUAUCCUUCGGCUAGAGGAAGCACGUUUGCAGGCAGAGUACGAGAAGAUACAGGCCAAUCAAAACGUUUUUCCUGAAGUGAUACCGGAGUUGUCAAAGAUUCAAGUGCGUCAGAUGGUGCGGGACUCAAUUCGCGACUACGGGAUUAUGAUUUCGCAACUGAGGAAGGAGCUCGAAGAGACAAAGACAGAGCUGGCGUCCGAGCGACAGCUGCUGAAGGAAUUGAAGGAGAUAAAUCAAGCCUUGCAGGCGAGGCGGAAGGACUUGGCAAACUUGGUCGAGUCAGGUAUGAGUCAGGAAAGUAGCCAGGAUCGGCAAAGGAUGUUGGAGACCAGAGUUCAAGUACAGGAAUUGAUGCGGGAGUUGACCAGGUUUCUCAGCAAACAUUAUCCUCCAAUUCAACCGGAUGACGAUAACCCGAAUGUUUUCCAGUUGAAGGACAUAUUGGAAGACAUUAUGAAUUUGUCGGUCAGUCAACCUGCCGAUCCUUAUCUAGUCUUGGUGCAUGGCGAAUACUAUCCGCCUCAUAUCGAGCAGCUCAUCAACGCAGGAAUUGCUGUGCGACAUUCUCGUGACUCCCAAAAGUUGAGGCUCAUCGACUUUUACUCAUGAUCACCUUGACCUCCUUCUUUUUGUAUAAUAAAACUGUUCUCAAAGCAUGUACUUUAUAUUGCUUCGCCAGUUCAUCGACA